AUGGGCGCGUACGACUUGACCUUGGGUGUCUUGCUCAUCGGCAUCUGGUUCAAUACCUACCUUUAUGGUAUCGUCACGUACCAGUUCGCUGCGUACUGGCGCACGCCCUUCGGAGACACCCUCGCGGUCAGGGGCAUGGUCUUGUUCUUGUUCCUGGUGGACACUAUCCACAGCGCAUCUGUUCUGUACAUGUCAUGGUAUUACUGUGUGACAAACUACGACAACCCAGCGUCGCUCGCGGUAGCUGUAUGGCCUUACUGCUUCACUCCGAUUGCUACGGCGUUGGCAGCCUUCUGCACGCAGGUCUUCUUGGGAUACAAGGUCUACCGUCUGCUGCACAACAACAAGUUUGUGUACGGAUUCCUGCUUGUAGUGGCAUUCAUCUCUAUGGCCCUGGGCAUCUACUGCGGCGCAAAGGCUUGGUCCAUCCUUGUACUCGAUCAACUAGCUGUGCUCAACACGCCCGUCACUGCCUGGCUAUCGAUGCAAGUCGGGCUGGAUCUCCUCUUAUGCGCGCUCCUCGUCUGGUGCUUCCUUAAGUCCCGCACGGGCUUCCGCAGGACAGACCAUAUCCUGAAUCGGUUGAUUCGCGGUGCCAUCCAGACGGGCGUCUUUGCUGCCAUCUUCGCCCUUGCUGAUCUAGCCACCUUCAUCCAGUAUCCCGCGGCCAACUUCUAUGGCAUGUUCGCCAUUCCCAUCGGCCGCAUUUACACAAACACGCUCCUUGACACGCUCCUUACUCGCGAGAGACUGCGCACCGAUAUGAGCUCUGGAGAUCACAAGAGCAUCCCAGCUCUCGCUCCUCGCAGCGACGUUAGCUGGACUCGCUCCGGAUCUGGUUCCGCCAACGCUGCCUACCAGCUCGACGACCGUACAGGUAUCGACACGACCCUCUCUGUCGGCGUCAAGUCUAUCGGCCUCGCUCCAACAUCGAGCAUUGGUGAUCACGAACUCGAUCACAAAACGCCAGCCAUGGCGUAA